AUGGUCUUUUCUCUAACAGAUUCUUCUCCAUUCUUCGUAGUGGUUUUAAGAAGAGUUUUCAGUAUUCUACCGCUCUCAGCGUGUAUCAUCUCUGACAAGUUGCCUGAAGUAUCAACACUUCCGGACUUUAGCAAGAUCAACAUGUCCGCCAACACGCAGCUGCCUCGCGCCAUUGUGAGGAAGUCAAACCAGUUGGAUUCUCCAACGAAGUCAAAAAGCUCAACCUCCACCGGCUCUCGUAACUCGUCUACCUCCGACUCUUCAUCCUUCACAAGUGUUGAAGGCUUCGACGCUUCCAAAAUCCCUACCCUCAUCUCCGCUUCCACCCUCAUCUCCGCUCCCACCUCUCCCUUCAAGAACAAGUUGAAGAACCUUGAACCAAUUCUUGACAAAGUCCCUCAUACACCAUCAUCAAGAAUCCCCAAGCCCAGCUGCCCCUCUCCCAAGAAGGUCAUCCCAGGAAAGGUCACUCAUGCCUGCAAACCUCAGUCCCCGAUCAAGCGUACAGGCCCUACACCUGCUACACUUCCUCAAAGCAAAGUCAUUGCUACUUCGGUAUCUAAAGAACACAAACCCAUUACUAAAGGCAAGCCACUCAAACUAGCCUUCGCCAAAGAAAAUGCCGAAAAAGAAGCCACUCGAGCGGCCGCCAAGCAAGAGCAUGCCACCGAGGCUAAGCCUCUUACCAAAGGCGAGCAACUCAAACUCACCUAUGCAAAAGAGAAAGCCGAAAGAGAAGCCGCUCGAGCAGCAGCCAAACACGCGCACAUGUCUAUGGUCCUGCCCACAGCAGAGGAGGUAAUGGCAGAAAUCAAGCUUGAGACUGCCGCACGCAUCAAGAAACGACACGAGGAAAGAGAUCGUGUUGCGCAGGAGAAAGCAAAGAACGAGGCCGCAAAGUCUGUUGCAUCUUCUGCACAGUCAACCUCCGCAGGAUCUGCUGAUCCAUCGCUCACCAACGCUGAAUUGAUAAAGUUGAGGAUGGCGAAUGAAGCUAAAAGGAAUGAGGAGGAAAGGGCAGAAAGAGAGGCUGAGAGGGAAGCUCUUCGUCGGAAGUGCGUGGAGCAGAUCACACUGGGCACUUGGUCGCCUGUUGCAUCUCCUGCGAAGCAAUGCGAGAGCCAACCUAUCAUCCAAGUCCAGGCGACUCCAGAAGAGAUACGUAGUGAGGAUUAUUUUCCCAGGGGUCUACCUCGUCCCAUUCAGUCUGUCACCCAGGUUCAGGCGGCUCCAGAAGAGUUCCGUAGUGAGGAUUACUUUCCUAGGGGAUUACCUCGUCCCGUUCCACCUGUCAACCAAGUUCAGGCGGCUCCAAAGAAAGUCCGUAGUGAGGAUCACUUUCCCAGGGACCUACCUAGUCCUAUUCAAUCAACUAUCCCCAAGCCAGCUACCUUCACUCGAAAGCGUUCCAGCUGCGCCAUCUCCAUGCCUGUCCCACGUCAGAAAAAGGUUGUUUUCGAACUUGAAUAUUCCGACAACGACGAGUCCGAUGAAUCUCCUGAACCCACCUUCAUCACACCUUCGGAUUAUUCCGAUGGCGACGAGUCCGAUGAAUCUCCUGAACCAACCUUUAUCACACGCUCUGAACCUAUCGACUCUCCUGCGCUCCUCUCACAUGCUGAACAAGUUGAAAAAAAGAAUGUCGAAACAGAGAGGGCGCAGAACCUCGCAGACCUCAAGACUCAGCAGCGCAGAAGGUUCGGGUGGGUAGAUAAGGUUAUUGAGACCCGCACUUCUCGUCAGAAGUUUCCACCUAUCGUCACUGGUUUCGAACACCUCGGCAUCUAUGUUCCCGAUCCCAGGAAUGGAACACCAGAUAGGUGUACUUCAUCUUGGGGCCAGUACCUUACAUACCCUCUUGACAACGUGAACAUGGAUGUGUACAGGGCGAGGCACCAAGCAAUUCAGCGUUGUAUGGCGCAUUUUGUAGCAGAGAGAAAGAUUAGGAUCAAGCAGUAUCACUUCAAACAUGAGUAUGAGCAUGAGCCAUUCGAACAGCACAGAGGCUUUAAGCAUGACUACUUGUGCAUCGCGAACACUGAGGGCCCGCUUUACAACCAUCACAGAACCAUGUCUUAUCGCAACUCACGCUUCAAGCAUGAUCCAGAAAAAUGUUGGCAGUGCCACUUUGCCAAGAUGCCUGAGAUUAAGAUCAUCUGGGAAGAGGAAGACGAGCUUCAGGAAGAUCACUGCGAAGAGCAAGACAGCUGCAUGAUUGAGUUGUACGAUGAGGAUGGCUUUUUGAUCGAGGAGAAUGUGUGCAAAUUUGAGGAUGCUUAUGAAAGGGAAGAAGAUUUCUACGAUGACGAAGUGGGAGUCUAUCAAAGUGAUGUCCACACUGAGGAAAAGAAAGUUUUUGAGAUUGGGAACAACCCCGAUAAUGAGGGGCUCUUUGAGGUGGAAGACGAUUCUUACGAGCAAAAUGAGAUAAAUGAACAAGCAACUGCACCUGACUACGUGCAAGAAGUUUCUGAAAUGGUUGAAUGCAUCGAAGCAGAGACAAUACCCAAGAUGUUUGAGGAGAACCAGCUCAUUCAGGUCCAGGAGAGAUCCUCAACUCAACUCAUUGCUCUUAAGGCAAAGGCCAACCUCUCUCAAGCCAUCAACAUCUCAAAGAUUCAGCCUGUUCUUCUCAAGCAUAUCAAGUCACUUUCACCAUCAAUUCUCGCCAGAACAACUAAAGUAUUCUACAAAGCGUUCAGGUCCAUCAUCCUUACCAACUCCCGCGAUACCGCUGUCAAGCUCCCCCUUCAGCGAUAUUUCUCCGACCUCUUGAUUGAUCUCACAAGAUCCCACAACUGCGCCCACAUCGCUUCGCACCCAACAAUUACAUAUCUCCGAGUAGUAGCACCUACCGCUCUUGUAACAUCAUCUGCUACAUCGUCUACCGGUGUCUCCACCAUCACUGGUCUUACAGCAGUCUCAGAAAACGGAGAGCUCACCAGUGCUAUCAAGCUUCUUACUCAGUUUGCGAAGGAGAAUGGGAUCACUCGAGGACCAGUUAACAUCAUUAAAUCAUGGAUACUUAACAUGCCACCCUACAAGCAAGUUGUUUCGUGUACUAAGAAGGUUGGAAAGGUGAUUAGACGUGUUUUCGGAUAUGUGAAGAACGCAAGGGCAUAG